AACACUUUGCAAUAUUAUAAACGACGAGGCUACUCGAUAAAUCGUCAGAUUAAUUGGUAGAUGACUCGAUUAUUGAUAUAAUUGACAGUGACUGCCAUACAAUAAAGUUGUUCGUUCUUUGGGUACGAAACCAGGGCUGUACCUCCCUGCUGCAACGUAGCGUCUAGCCGGAUGUUUUUUCCUGACCGAAUCCCAAGAAAACGGUGCGGACUUCGUUUGCUUCAGUACCAGUUAUAUGGCGUAGACCCCUAAUUACCACGUAUUUGACGACGGCAAACUAGUCCGUAUAUAUAUGUAUAUAUACACGGGCCGCUCAGGAAGGGGCUCGUCCGGAGGAAGGGGGGCGGAAAGUCCCGCUCGACAAAUUUAGCACGAUCGUCGAAGGUCGAAAAGGGACCUAAAACGCAUUCAGUCGUUCGAGGAAAAGGGGCAGGUGCUCAGGCCCGCCCCCCGCAACGCGCAGCUGGGUGGGCUUACACUGCUGCACAAAGAGGAAGCCCCCACCUUUAAAUAGGUCCGCUUCCACACCGCGCACAGACGGCGCCUCCGAAGGCUUCAUGACAAUGACCUGCAUCCACAUCCUCGCCGGUGUCCUCAUCCUCAGCGCUUUGGCGGAAUCAGCCGUCGUGGACCGCUGGGAGUACCGCGAGCUGUACAUUCAGAAGUUCAACGAGACUGGCGAGGACCUUCAGGAGCUGGAGGCUCUGCUGGAGGAGGAGCUUCCUGGGGUUUGCUGGGCUUGUAAAUGGAUCGUACGGAAAGUGAGGAGACUCAUAGGGGACAAUAAAACACCGGAGAAUGUAAAGGAUGUGCUGAGUCAGGUGUGUGACAAAAUCGGCUUCUUAAGGAGCAUGUGCAAAAGAUUCAUUAGUAAAGUGAGUGAUAUGCUGGUGGAGGAGCUGUCGACGACGGACAACCCCCGUCAGGCUUGCAUGAACCUCAAAGCCUGCAAGUAACCUGCGGAAGCCUUCCUGAGGCGCUUUUUAAGGCAAGACACCGCUGCCAUCAUCUAUGCAAAAUGUAAUGCAAAAUCAAAAAAAAAAUAAAAGCAGCAUUUUAAAAGAGAAA